UUUAUAGUUAUUAAUGUAUUAUUAUUAGGCUUGUAGUAUUAAUAUUAUUCAUAAUUUUCAUUAUUAACGUCUGUAUUGCCGGUGUUAAACACAGCCAGAUAUGAGGUUCAGUCCAAACAGAGCGCCGAACUCAGCGAGGUACAGCAGGGGACAGUAACUUCACACGGGGCCAUUUUAUCCACCAUCACCUCAGAAACACAAACAAACAAAUAAUUAUUAUAUUAUUCGCCAUUUUUAAAAGUCGCUCAGCGCUCUCGGGUCUCUUAAAUCUGCUCAGUGUGCUUUCUGAGCGGCUCACUUACUUAACGCGACCCCUAUAUAUCUUUUGUGACGCACUUCUGCACACAUAGCAACAUGGCUUUAAAACGAUUACUUUUGAAAGAUGGCUAAGUCGCAGUGGACAAAGUGAGACGCUGAAUUUAACAAGAUAUACUAUCAAAUUCCACUUCGUCUGGCACAGGAAGUGAAUCUGCAUCGUUUCCGAUUUAUACUCGGCGGUCCGACCGGGUGACAAAAAAGGAAACAAGAGUCAGCUGCCUUGAAAAAUAGAAGCAUUCUUAAAACGAUUGAGAAGAGUCGACUCAAAAAGGAAAUUACCGAAAUGAACAGAAUACACAACAGGGGCUUAAUGAACUGUACGAAACACUGUCGUUAGUGAAUCAAGGAUUCUGUUUACAAUCCAAGGCGUUGUUUUUGUAUGGCGGGCCUGUCAGAUUUGGUGGUCAGGUUUUCGGGGUCUGCGGGCAGAUCUUAUGGGCUGUUUUCCAAAGGGCUGUCAAGAACGCUGCUGAUUUUUUUCGACCUGGCCUGGAGACUAAGAAUAAAAUUUCCUUAUCUCUACCUCAUUGCUUCCAUGAUAUUCAAUGUGCGACUACAGGUCCACAUUGAAAUUCAUUAAUCUAUUGAAGACUCAUUUGAUUUUUUUUUUGUUCUGCUAUUGACUAUUAAUUUACCUCGUGAAAUUGAAUCAGAAUGAGAAUGCCAAAGGACCUUGGGGAACUCUCUAUUCUCUCACAACCCACAGCACAGAGGAGUGAGGGGGAACGUGAGCCCAUUACAAGCUCUGGAAGCGUCCUGAGUGCCUUAGGUCAGAGAACAGACUUCAUGAAGGCCAACCCUCUGCAAGGCUAUAAAACUCAAAGUAAAGUCAUCCCUGGAUUGCAUGCAGGAAUCCAUCCCUUUCCCGUGGAGAAGGGAUCCACGGUGCCAGCUUUGUACAGUGCUGCUUUACACAGUUUCCUUAGCAAGCUUUCUGAUGUGGGACCAGGGAGCUCAAGAGAAUGCACAGAACACACUCCGUCAUGAAUUCAAAAGGGAAACCUGGAGGAAGCCUUCAGAUAUAUUGACAGUGCGCUUCUCUCUGACCUGCUACAAAGAGUGAUGAAAUGAAAGCUUUCGCUGCCCUCGGAGUGCAGUGUCAGGCUGAAGAAAGCUUUGUGGCCUUUGCACAUGUAUGUUUGUUUGAGUUCUCUCACCUCCAUAAAGUAAAUCUGUGUUUAGAAGCUGGAAUAAUCAGAGAGGAGUUGUGUUUUGCCUUUCUGAGGGGUCUGGAUUGCUUAAGGCAGUCUAUCAUGUCCAGAAAGCAGUGCUCCCAGAAUACCCCAAUAAUCUACAACAGUGCUCUAGCCAGUUCCUUUUUCUGUUUUGACCUCAUGCCUUCAGAAAGAACCUCUAGUCCUAAAUGCAGAAACAUGCUUUCUGGUUUUAGGUGUUCAGUGUGCAAUAUAAAGAUAUUGUUGUUACUUGCCAUAAGAGCGUUUGCACAAGUUAAGCUCUACCUACCUACUCCCAUGAUACUAAUUUAAUCAAGUGUUUGUGUAUUGUUUUUACGUUUUUAAAAAAAGGUACAUUUUCAAAUAUAUAUAUAUAUUUUUUGUUCAUAAAUAACAUGGCUAUAGUUGUUGGUAUUCUCUAUUGGGUUGUAGGCCCUAGUUCCUGUAAGAGGAACAUACCAUUAAGUCAUGUAAUUUAUCAUUUUAAAUGAAACCUACUAAGGAAUUUCAACUUGCAGUCAGUAAUAGCUUUCAAAUGAUGCAGAUUUGUAAAAAGAAGCUGAUGUUUCAUAGUCCAGUGACACACCAAGGUGCUUUCCUCUUAUGGGAAUUAGUCAUGACCUGUUUUCUAGGCGCAUCACACAAGCAUUGCUUGGUUUGUUGAACUAUGGUAACAAAAUGUUUUAUUGUAAAUCCCUGAAAAAAAAAAAAAAAUGAAGGUUUGGCUUGGAAUAUGCUGUUAGAAACCAAGCAUGUUAGCAAAUUACUGCUGUGGUGGAAAGUCAAACUGAGUUGCACAGUUUCCUCACAAAGUCAGUAAUAUUGCUAAAGAAGCAAUGCUCUUUUUAGCCACCAGGGUGUAGUCUGGUGUCUGUCUUUGAUAAAAUACAGUCUUAAAAUCUA